AUGGAGACUAUUCAUUCUGAAAAGAAUGAGAGGCUUGUCGACGAAGUAGACAAUGAAGCAGGAGAAAUCAUAGGGAUCCAUCAGGACACGAAAGUGAUCCGAAGAAAACUAGACUUUUAUCUCCUGCCCUUACUGAUAAGCGGCUUCUUCGUUCUCCAGCUCGACCGGAGCAACAUCAGCAACGCCCUUACCGAUACCAUCACCGAGGACCUGGGAAUCACAACCGACGAUGUCAACCUUGGAAACCAACUCAUGUCCGCUGGGAUCGCCAUAGCCGAGAUUCCGUCCAACAUCAUUCUACAGCGAUUCGGAGCCUCCAAGUGGCUAACAUUCCAGAUGCUCGUGUGGGGCACCGUCGCCAUUUGCCAGGCCUGGGUUACAAACAUCCACUCGUUCUACGCAACCCGCUUCUUGCUUGGCUUGUUCGAGGGCGGCUACAUUCCUGGAGCUAUGUAUAUGCUCGCCCUAUUCUACACAAAGAGCGAGCUCGCUGUGAAGACAUCCGUCUUCUACUUUGGCAACUACGUGGCUGCAGCCGUGGGGCCUCUCGUCGCUGCAGGCAUCCUCCAGAUGGCUGGUCUUGGCGGCUUGUCUGGAUGGCAGUGGCUUUUCAUAAUCGAAGGCGGUAUUACACUCCUCAUAUUCCUAGUGUUUGUGUUAUUUCUUCCCCGAAGUCCUGCCCAUACGCGGCCAAUUCAUGGCCUGUGGGACUUCUUUAGCGAGGAUGAGCGCAAGCUUUUGCGUGCGAGAAUCGUGGCGGACGACGAAUACAACGAGGCGGACAAGGUUUCCAUGUCUUUCAGAGACGUGAAGGAUUCCAUUGUCGACUAUCGCCUGUGGCUCCACAUGCUGCUCAAUAUUGUCACCCUGACACCCAAAGGUGGUUUGCAGCUCUACGGGCCACUCGUUAUAAAGACUCUUGGUUUCUCCAAGGUGAAUGCGAAUCUCCUUAGCGCGGUCAGCAGUGUUUUGGUCCUCAUAUUCUCGUAUUGCAUUUCCAUCGUCUCCGACCGCACACGAUGGCGCGGCCCAUUUUGCAUCCUGGCGUUUGCGUGGUCCAUUAUAUUCGCAGGCUCCGUGUUGGGAGUGAGCAAGGACGCCAGCGCGAGCAAAUGGACUCUCUACGCCGUCUUCACCCUCUUGAGCGGGGGCAAUGCCGUCUCACAGAGUCUGAACGAUGCUUGGGUCAGCAUCAAUGCGAGGUCACCCAGCCGGCGAAGCCUGGGGCUUGCCAUGGUGGUCAUGGGUAGCAAUUUUGGAGGCAUCAUUGGCCCGCAGCUGUUCCGAUCGUCUGAUGCUCCGAAAUACCCCCAUGCGUUCUUGGCGAUUCUCGUGCUGUACGCGGCUGCGAUACCCAUCACCUUGCUGAUGAUGUGGGUUUACUCCAGAGACAACAAAGAGGCACAAACACCGGGUACAACUCAUGAUGGAACACUGGAGACAAGGAGGAGAUACGACUUGUAA